AUGUCUGAAGUCGAUUCAUCGAAGGAGUAUCGAGCCGCAUUCGCAAAACAUAAGUUCAAUAAAAUCCUCCGUGAUGAGGUAUCAAAAUAUGCACUUGUCAAUGAACCGGACAAUUAUCAUGGGCUACUGGCUAUAAUGGAGGACUGGACGAUCAUUAUCUUAUGUACGGCUGUUGUUCAGUACACGCGUAGCAAUACCUAUCUGGGACUUUUUUGGCGAAUUGUUUAUGUUCUCACGAUUUGUAUCAUCGGUGCGCGACAGCGUGGUUUGGCGAGAGGUUUACAUGAGGCUACGUAUGGUUGUUUUGUCAACAAAAGAUAUUUGAAUUUUGUUCUGGCUAUGUUAUAUUUCAAAGUUUUGCUGGCUGCCAGGUAUCUCUCAUGUCAAAAAUCAUCAUCCAUAUCUUGGCACAGAUUGAGAUCCUGA